GAAUAAAAAAAAAAAGGAUUGAAGUUUUAAAAAAAACAAGACUUGAGGUGACGUCAUGUCCACAAACGGUCAAGACAGAGACCCUGAUAUUGAACUUUUCGUAAAGGCGGGCAGCGAUGGAGAAAGCAUCGGCAACUGUCCCUUCUCUCAGCGUCUCUUCAUGAUCCUCUGGCUCAAAGGAGUCGUGUUCAACGUCACGACCGUCGACCUCAAGAGAAAGCCUGCGGAUCUGCACAACCUGGCUCCAGGAACGCACCCUCCCUUCCUGACCUUCAACGGAGAGGUCAAGACAGAUAUCAACAAGAUUGAGGAGUUUCUGGAGGAAACGCUCAGCCCCCCGAAGUAUCCCAAGCUGGCUGCCAAGCAGAGAGAGUCCAAUACAGCUGGAAACGACAUCUUCGCCAAGUUCUCAGCCUACAUCAAGAACACCAAACCAGAAGCCAACGCCGUUCUGGAGAAAGGUUUAACCAGAGCCCUGAAGAAGCUGGAUGAUUACCUGAACAGCCCCCUGCCGGACGAGAUCGAUGCCGACAGCAUGGAGGAGGAGAAGGGCUCCAACCGAGGCUUCCUGGACGGGAACGAGCUCACGCUGGCAGACUGCAACCUGCUGCCCAAACUGCACAUAGUCAAGGUUGUCGCUAAGAAGUACCGCAACUACGACAUCCCCUCCGACAUGACGGGGGUGUGGCGGUAUCUGAAGAACGCCUACACCCGAGACGAGUUCACUAACACCUGCGCCGCCGACUCCGAGAUCGAGACCGCCUACAAAGACGUGGCGAGGAGGCUGGCCAAGUAACCCAGCAGCUGACCCAAGAAAAUAAACUAACAACACACAACAUGUCAAAAAAAAAAACAACAAAAAACCCAAAAAACAAUCACAAACCCUCCAUGUGUCCCCCUUGAGUCUCCUUCGGUUUCAUUUACAGAAACUCAAGAUUACUUUGUCUGUUAUAGCAAAACAGGUCAGAUGUCUGUGUUGUGGAGUCGCUCGUGGUGCUUUGCAGCUCCAGACUUGAUGGAUUUCAGAAAAUUUCAGUGUGCGUAUGGUAUUUCAAUCACACAAGCAGACAUUGCAAAACAGAAGUGGAGCAGGAGAUAAAUCAAACACGUUUAACUUGAUUCGCAGUUCAAAAACCGGGGGUUCGUAUUUUUGCUGCCGUGAAACUUCUGACAUAACUCUUUUUUUUUUUUUUUUCGCUCAAACAUGAUUGUGUCUGUCUGUAUUUAUUCCUCAUAACACAAAGCUCUCUUUCAUACGUUCUCCAGCGCGCGGCCAAACAUUUUACUAGCUGCUGAUGUCAAGGUCGUUCGCUUUAUUUAUUCCCGAGCCCACAGAAGUCUAGUCUGACUCCAGUGUUUAUUAUCAAGCUCUGGCUCCUGCAGAGACACCUUGAUUCAUCUGUGACCGAUGAUUGAUGCUAAUUGUUCGCCCAAUGU